UUCUGAAUGGUGUUCCAGUUCGUUAUAGCCUUUCAGGUCAGUCACAUCUACUUUCGGAGAAAGUCGGUCGAAUAGUUACGGAGCAAAGUUAAGCCGUUAAUUAUGUGUUCUGUGCAACGGUAGUGAAAGUGAUAAGAAAUUAAAAUGAGAAUAAGGCUGUUCCUUCUAAUACAGCUAAACGUAGCUGUGGUUCUAGCGCAGGACAUCUUCGGCUUUGGCGACUAUGACGAAGGACCGUGCGGCCGUUGGAAACCCGGGGACGUUGAUCUACGUUCGUUUGACCUUAUCCGUGAGUUCCAUCUGGAUCAGAUGGAAUCCAGCAGUCACCACGUGUACAGAAUCGAAGGCACCAAUGUGCUUCAAACGGCGUACCGGCUAGAAAACGAAGCCAACCUUACCAUGAGAACGGUGGAAGCAUUCCCUUUGGGACUUCCCCAUCAGUUCUCGCUGGAAUGUACCUACAGGACGGAAAGUGAACCGGUGUCGGCGUGGCAUUUGUUCGAGGUUACGAAUGAGCACCACGAAAGCCAACUCGCGGUGACGAUGAAUCCGGGGCGACAGACGUUGGAGAUUGGACUGCCUGGAUUGGAGGGAGAUCUGCAGGUUGUGGAGUACCAUCAUUCAGCGCUAUUCGACCAACGCUGGCACAAAAUCAUGCUGGGCGUGACCAAUGACUUCCUCAACCUGUGGGUUGACUGUCAACCGGUACGGGAUGUGGAAGGUAACCUGAAUGCUCCUUUGGAAGCACGAGGCCGCUUCGAUACCAACAAUGGAUACGUUUCGAUGUCUCGAUACGCGGAAACGUCAGUUAUGGAACCGGAAUCGCCGAUCGUAGAUCUGCAGUGGAUGGUGAUGAACUGUGAUCCAACGCGUCCUGCUCGUGGAAACUGCGACGAGUUACCGCUGUAUGAUGUGGCACAUUUGGGUGGUCGAUUGCCUCAUGGAGAGGAACCCAAGGCCGAUUGCAAUGCAGUUUGCCCUCCAGGAUACAAUGGGACAGAUGGAGCUCCAGGUCGUCCCGGUGCUCCAGGUGCACCAGGAAGUAAGGGAGAACCUGGUGUCAAUGGAAGACGGGGUCCACCUGGACCUCGAGGACUGGAAGGUCCACCAGGAGUUUCCGUUCAAGGCGAGAAAGGAGAAAUGGGUCAAAAGGGUGAACCUGGAAUGGCAUCUGUUGGAGGUGGUGUUGCCGUGAUCGGACCGCCAGGACUUCCUGGUCCUCAAGGUCCACCUGGAGCUGGUAUCAAAGGACAAAAGGGAGAACAAGGUGAGAUAGGACCACCGGGACUAAGAGGUGAAUCAAUCCGAGGUCUGCCUGGUGUUCCUGGAUUCCCUGGACCUGAGGGACCCCCCGGCAUUGGUAUGAGAGGAGAAAAGGGAGAACGUGGCGAGACCGGAUUACCUGGUCGAACAGGAGCUUCCUCACCAGGAAUUCCAGGAAUAAAGGGAGAAAAAGGAGAGCCGGGAGAUGUGACUGCCGCUAUCGGUAUUCGUGGAGAAAAGGGUGACAAGGGAGAUAGUGGAGCAAGAGGUCCAACAGGUAUCCAAGGUUUACCAGGUUUGCCUGGUGUAAUGGGACCACCUGGUCUACCGGGUGCACCAGCAGUUGAAAAUAGUUAUGCCACAGGAAAUCUAGGAGUAACUAUUCCUGGACCACGUGGAGCACCGGGAGUACCAGGGGCUCCAGGACCACCAGGUCCUCCAGGUCCACCGGGACCCGUAAGUGAAGGGUCUUCAUCUAGUGGUGGUAGGUAUUUCGAAAACUUCAUGUCAUACGGCCAUAGGGGUCCAGUGGGCUACACGGGACUUCCUGGAGAGCGAGGAGCCGGCGGUGAUCGAGGUCCAGAAGGUGGAGUUGGACUACCUGGUAUUCCUGGACAGGAUGGUGCCCCGGGUGUUCAAGGAUCUCCUGGUAUUCCCGGUCAACCAGGAGCACAAGGUCUUCCCGGAUUACCAGGGAGGAGUUAUACAGAGUCUGAAGUACGCGAUAUUUGUGCAGCAGUAUUGAGAGAUCACCUUGCGGAACUGACUGAAGGUUUGAUGGGACCUCCUGGACCACCAGGAAUGUCUAAGACUGGAAAACCAGGCUUACCUGGUAAACCUGGACCAAAGGGUGAUAGAGGCUACCCAGGUCCUCCUGGUGACCGUGGUUAUCCUGGAGAGUCCGGUAAUCCUGGACUACCCGGGCAGCCUGGCGAACGUGGAGAACCAGGAAUGGAAGGAAGGCCAGGUCACGACGGUUUCGGAAGAGAUGGUCCUCCAGGGCCUAUAGGCCCACCUGGUCCACCGGGACGAGAGGUUCAAGGAUCACCUGGUCGACAAGGAGAGAGGGGAGAAACUGGAAAGCCAGGUGUACCCGGUCUUCGAGGGGCUCAGGGUGUUCCGGGCGUAUGCCCUAAUGAUUGCUAUUUUGCUGCCGCAGCUGCUGCACAAAACUUGCGUGCCAAUCAACAACAGACCAAAGGACCGGUAUACUAAUAGUGCUUAGCUUAGUUAUUAAUUGUUGUGCCGCUAAUUACUAGCUGAAUACAAUAAAUCCUCAGGAUAACGAAUAUACAAGCAACGAAUGAAUAUAGAACAUGCGAUAAUUGUGUGAAUUGUUGUUAUUAGAUCAACUGAUCAACUGCAAUCUUUAUCGGUUUCUAAUGAUACUGUUUCAGGAAAUCCACAAUGAUCAAUGAAUAAAGUGAAGGGUUGCAUUAAACAUUGAUAAUUUCAAUCUCAUGAUUGUUUUGAAUGCCAGAUAAUCAACAAUCAUAAUAUGACUUGGAA